CGCCCCAGGUUUCUCUUAUUCGGGUUCUCACUUGUUUGGACAGGUGUCAAUCAUUUUCUGCGCUAUUGGGAUUAACCUGUCGGAUUACUAGAGGGGCGGGACGAGAGAAAUAGCGAGGGGAAUGACAAGAGAAAGAACGGCAGAGAGACCUAAAGUCCGAACAAACUUUCGAACAACUUUAUAAGAAGUAUUAUUUACCGUUAUAAACCGGGAGUUCGGGCGAGCGUUUGCUUAAGUUGUUAGGAGUGUAACCGAGUGUGUUUGAGAAGUGAGGGCUCUUUACUGGCGCAAGCUGAGGACCAGGAUAAGACCGUUGCUAUCGGUUAGCAUCGCCAGUUGCUAAUCAGGAGAAGCGCCGAGGAGGUUGGACGUUGGAUGUUGCCACUUGCUGCAGCGGGACUGAGGAGUCGGGACUGAACCAGGCCUCAGGACGGUCUCUGGUCACGUCGCUUCCUCUGGGAAGAGGUCUUGGAGGAAAUGGCUGGAUGGCUUUUCUGUGGUCCCUGGUACGGGAAGCUGUUACAGUGAAACAUAUUCAUGCAAAACGCACAUGGAUGAGGCAAAGAGAAGAAGAAGAUGAAGAAGAAAAGGUCUCAAGAGACUGAUGCAUGGUGAGAGGCGGCGAGGACGUGCAGACUGAGAUGGCUUUCAUAAAAAAGGAAACACAUAGAAUUGCAGAAGCAAAUAACACCCCAUACCGUGGGGACUUCUCUUCAGAGAAAAAAAUCCUGGAACCGUUCCUUUAUCUGAACCCUCAUCAAGACUUAACGUGGUCCUUUCUCAGCUGAGACCAAUCCUGCAUCCAAGAUCAUGGAAAUCAGUUCAGACGUUUUUGUGAUCCCACUGAGAAACCAGCCGCCAAACAGACAAAGAGGAAGUGGCGAGCUGAAGCUCUUUGGGAGAUUCAAUGUUCAACAUUCCUUUAACAACCUCCACAUGGUCAAUGAUGACUUGGUCCUCCGCCAGCAGACACUCACACAUGCUCUCCACCAUCGCUUCUGCAUUAACCAAGAAGCCUCUUUCUACAGAGGUUUUGCCAUGGGAAAAGAUCAGGAGAUAUUUCAUGAUCUCCCAGAGGUGGCACCUCUCUGCUUUGGUGGACAACUGCUAAUGGAAGAACUCAUCCAAUCUGUCAUCCGGUUGCUGUCUCUGAAGCUCGUCAUAACACUGGAUGAACUCCUUCAGGACUCCAUCAAAGGAUCUCUCAUGUAUGGAGCCAGAUUCCACGAAGAUCUGAAGAACUCUGUGAGCUCCUGGGCCCCUUCACCUGGAAAAGGUCUAAUCAUAUUUGGCUACGUCUCUGGAGAGGAUAGUGAGGACAGACGCUCAGCUGCAUUCAUUCAAAUGGAUGGAACGAUGCAACUCUCCGGUUACAUCAGCGCCUUCUGCACCCAAGGCCACUGAUCCCUCCAGUAAUUUACCUCUGCUUUUUGAAUAUGAAUAACGGUAUUAAUUUUAAUAGCACAUGCUACCACAUUCCAAAUUAUAUUAACCUCUUCUGAAUGACCUCUGAAUUUACAAUUUGCAAACUAUUUUCCAUUGGUGUCCACAAAAUAAUAGAAAAUAGAACCAUCCUAUUCAUGAGUUCUUCUUCCGUUUCUAAAAGAAAACUAUGAAGUGUACUGUUGAAGGGCCCAUCUCACUUAAUGCACAAUUUUUUAAGAUUGGAAGUGAGACAAAAAUCCCCUAGAGGAAAUAAUCCUGUCACCCCUAGACCAGCCGCAGAUAGUGACAGACCUACCAUUUUCUCUCCUCUAAAUGAAAAUGUCAACAUGUAUACAUCACAGUGGCUGACUUCACUGUGCCACAUUAGUUCUCCUUCAAAGGCAAUGUCCAAUCUGCAUAAUGUAUACUGCCUCCAUCUGACUGACAGUAUUUUGCUAAAUAGAUAAAGAAUUAAUUAUUAAUCAGGUUUCAUGUACGCUGUGGCAUGUUAAUAACGCUGAAGGGAUAAUGUGACAAGCUAGAUGCUUAUUUUCUGCCCCACGAUGGGACUUAUUCAAACUUGUGUGCCUCGGCUUUGUAUACUGUUAAAUAGAAAAUGACUGCUGGGGGAGAUGUUACGUAAAAUAAACCCACAAUCACCAGCAACUUUUUGGUCAUGAAAACAUUCUUCUUAUAAUGAUGUCAGCUGUCUUAAAGGAGCAGUUCACAUUAAAUUGGACAUUAAUUGAUUUACACAAAGGAUUUUUCUCUGCCAUGGAAAAAAAACACAUGCACUGUUUGUGGAUUAAAUGAGAUUCUGAAUCAUUUCUGUCAAAAGCAGAGGAACAGAGAAUAUUGAGCGCCCACCGUGGCCUCUCCUCCUGAAGGACCACAGAGCCCCUAUUUCUUUGAAUGAAACUCUGUUCUUCAGACCUUGACUGACUCAAAACUUAUGGCUGUGUCUAAGCUACUGUUACAUAAAUGUUGCCUCUUUUAUUCAUUCAAGAAUAACCAACUCAGUGAAAGUUGUCUGUUUCAAGGCCUUUGUGCAUAAAUCAAAUUCAAAUCUUUGCUCAACUGCCUGCUGAGGGGGUUACGCAAUCCGCUGCAACAUUUUUACUGACAGACGAAUCAUGAAUCAGGUCUGUUAUUCUCGUUUGUCACUUUCCCCAAGACUACAGAAUCAAAAAUGAACAAAUAGUUUUAUCUUCCCUUGUAAC